AUGCCCGGUUUUGCUCCUCUGCUGGCUGGAUCAAAGCGACAAGCUCCCUCAGGUCUGCAGGGACAGCCCGCUUCGAAGAGACCCGCGCUCGAUGAACGCUGCUGGAUGGUACAAUGGAGGAAGCCUCAGACGCGAAAACACAAGACGUGGGAUGGCGACGCUGUCCUCGUUGUUAGUGGUACACGGGCAGUGCUCUACGACACCGACGGAAAAACGAUUGGCAGCGGAAAGGUAGACGCUGAUUUGUCCGAGGGAACACCAUUGCAGCUAGCAGGCAAAGAAUUAGAGAUCGACUGCCCAAUACCUCAUUCAGAGUAUCUGUCUGGUGCCUGCUUUGGGCGCAGCACUGCUCCUACGCCACAACCAGCCACGAAAAUCCAGAAACCAUUCAAGAAGCUCACGACAUCUAACAUGAGAGUGCCUCUCGUCAAGGACUCUAGUAAUCCUCUGUCUGCGACGCCCGGCUCAGUAAAGGAAGAACAAGUGUCUCCCGGGGCAACCACCAGUGAGGAUAGCGACGAAGUUUCAGAAAGUCACUGGGUAGCAAACUGGCGGAAGCCAAAGGCCUCGUCCAACAAGCAGACUUGGGACGGCGAUGCCUAUAUCUCUCAGCGUGGCAAUCUCUUGACCAUGAUCUCGGAGGACGGGAAAAUAAUGGGGACCAUGACAUGGAAAGGAUCACCACUUUACGCUGGUCUCUCCUUUCACUUUGGAGGCAAGGUAGUCCAGCUUGAUGCUCAAGUAACAGCGUCACAGUUACCAAUGACCACCGGAACGUCACAUAAUGAGAAUCAACCACCCCCUCCUGAAAUCCCCGCACUACCUCAGGAUGAACCGAAAGCUGCGCCUUCACGAUUCGUCGUUCCAUCCGCGAACUUCUACGCCCCAAAGAUGAAGAAUGUUGUCCCUAAGCAUGACCCAGAUGCCCCAGGUGCGUUACUUAUGAAGGCGCCAACGAAAGAGCACAAAUCCCUCUUCAACAAGAAGAAUUUACCUGUGAUUCCCGUUGUUCUCGACCCUAUACUUGUACGACAUUUGCGUCCACAUCAAAUAGAAGGUGUGCGGUUUUUAUACGAGUGCGUCAUGUCCAUGCGAAAGCACGAGGGUCAAGGCUGUAUUCUCGCAGAUGAAAUGGGACUGGGUAAAACCCUGCAGACCAUCACCCUCGUCUGGACUCUUCUCAAACAAAACCCCUACGGCAGCGGCCUUCCUGUUGUCAGCAAUGUGCUCAUUGUCUGCCCGGUGUCAUUGAUCAACAAUUGGAAGGCCGAAUUCCAUAAAUGGUUAGGUCGCGACCGAGUUGGGGUUGUCGCUUGCGACAAGGCAGACAAGAAAGUCAUCAAGACGUUCAUCAACACGAAAACCCAACAGGUCCUCAUCAUCGGUUAUGAAAGACUGCGAACAGUAAUCGGCGAACUUGAGUCUUGCAUCCCCCCUAUUGGACUAGUCAUUUGCGACGAAGGACAUCGCCUCAAAUCCGCAAAGAACAAGACGGUCGAGACGCUGAGAAGGGUGAAGACCCUCCGUCGCAUCAUCCUUUCUGGGACCCCCAUCCAAAAUGAUUUAGGAGAGUUCCACGCCAUGGCCGACUAUUGCAAUCCAGGUCUCCUUGAUGAAUAUCAGGCCUUCCGUCGCAUUUACGAGGUUCCGAUUCUUAAAAGCCGAGAACCUGAUGCUACUUCUAAAGAAAUAGAAAUCGGCACUGCACGUUCGGAACAGUUAUUAGCUGUUGCAAAGAGCUUUGUGUUACGGAGGGAUGCCUCAAUCUUAAAUAAUUAUCUACCACCCAAGUAUGAAUUCGUGGUGUUCGUGGCGCCCACGAAGCUCCAGACAUCCAUAUUUCAGAAGAUACUAAACCCUGAUCGUGUCGACAGCCUUAUGCAAGGGCCGACAGCGGAGUCCCUCGCCUUGAUUAAUAUGCUCACUAAGAUCAGCUCUAGCCCAAUCUUGUUAAGGGCAACUGCUGAUAAGGCUAAGAUAGCCGGAACAUCUGUUGCCAGUAAGAGCUUGGAGGGCGCCUUGCAACUCCUCCCACCCAAUGCAGAAAUAGAGGACCUUUCACUCAGUGGGAAGUUGUCUGCUCUGGCGCAACUUCUUGCAAUCCUUCGACUUCAUACUGACGAGAAGAUCGUUCUCGUUUCCCACUAUACAUCAACACUGAACAUACUGGAAGCAUUCUGCAAGAAGAAGCGAUAUUCGUAUUACCGACUUGACGGACAAACAGCUGCGACCAAGCGACAGGAAUACGUCAACGCAUUUAACAAGUCAGAUGCGAAGAGCGCUUUUGUAUUUCUGCUCAGUUCGAAGGCUGGUGGAGUAGGCAUCAAUCUCGUCGGCGCUUCUAGGCUGUGCCUCGUAGAUUCAGAUUGGAACCCAAGUCACGAUCUACAGUCCAUGGCGCGAAUUCAUAGGGACGGGCAGAAACGGCCAGUGUAUAUAUAUCGCUUCUUGACCACAGGUGCCAUCGAUGAGAAAAUAUACCAACGACAAGUCACGAAACUCGGGUUGAGCAAUGCUAUGAUGGGAAACGGAGCGGAAAAUAGCAAAUCGGACUCAUUCUCGCGGAAGGAUCUACGAGAUAUCUUCAAGAUCCAUUUCAACACACCUUGUAACACACACGACCUGUUGCAAUGCUACUGUGCUGGCUCCGGGCGUCGGUUAUCAGAGCAAGAUGUUUCUUUGUCGGACGAACUCAUGUCAGAUGACGAGGAGCCCUCUCCACACGAGGGUUUCGUCCAAGCUUCAGAAAUCCGUAUGCAACCAGUUGCCGACUAUGACAAGAAGCAACUAAAAGAGAAAGAGAUGCAGCUCGCAGCAUUGGGAGAAUGGACUCAUAUCAACUGCCUCAGACCGACAGUCCAGGAUGAUGUCCAGGACGACAUCCUCAGGCGAAUCCUCAGGCAGAACAAUUCAAGGCCGAAUGACCACUCUCCCAAAGAACAGUCGCGAUUCGAUCGGCUUCUACACGACACUGACUUGGAUAAUAUUGCAGCCGUAGAUGAGGGAGUAAUCAAUGUCGAUUUGCGCGAGCUCCCGGGUGGUACCAUAUCGUUCGUCUUCCAGAAGACUUCUCUACUUCCGCAGAGUUCGGAAGAACCAGAGUAG